UCUCAUCUCACUCUCAUCUGAUCAGUCUCUCAUACUCACUCUCUCACUCUCAUCUCAUCACUCAUCUCGGCCGAUUAACCUCGCAAGAGAUCGACUCUCACUCAUUGCAAGAUUGACCGAUCGACCUCAUACUCUCAUCGCACCGAUCGACCUCCCAGUGGAGUCGAUGAUAUUCAUACUCCAAGACAGUGUAACAAUAAACUGGGAAGCAAGAGAUAAUGCGGAGGAGUGGAGUCCAGGCUCAGGAUUUGAGGGUUGUUGAACCAGAGCUCUCGAACCCCUCUGCGAUUCUCCGAAGAGAGAGGGCUAUUGUUGUGAAUUUGGAACAUAUUAAAGCGAUUAUAACUGCGAAUGAAGUUCUGGUGCCAAACCCUAAAGACCCUUUUAUGGUUUCAUUUGUUCGCGAUCUCGAAUUCAAGCUCUCUGAUUUUGGU